AUGGUCGGCAAAAGUGAUAAAGGUGAGUCCCUCGUCCUUUUUUCAAUGAUUUCAUAGCUAGUAUCCAUUUCCAGAAGACAAAAUCCUUCUGGUUCCGUUCCUCUACAAACUUCUGGCGGAUCGCGCGAACGGCGACAUCAUCCGAUGGACCAACGAGGCGACUUUCGAGUUCCAGCUGAAAGAUCACAAUGCGGUGGCGGCCAAGUGGGGCGAGCACAAGGGAAAUCCGAAAAUGAGCUACGAUACGUUGUCGAGAGCGAUUCGCGAUCAGUACAAUACUAAUUUCGCAAAGGCAUGUCUUAUUUUGAAGAAUUCCACUCAUUACCAAUACUGCAGGUUCACGGAAAAGAUUGUCGCUAUCGAUUUCUAG